AGGUCCGUUUCUAAGGGGAGCUGCCCUUGGGCGCGCCUGACGCUGCACUCGGGGCACGUGGGCGCCGUUGUGCAGCCGGCACCUCUGGGCCAGCCCCGCGGCUUGGAGAAGGGGCUUUGCACCCGCCGCCGCUCUUUGUCCCCGCGCGGCCCCCGUCCACCGGCCUGCGGCUGUUCUGCGGGCCGAAAAGUUUCUCCCGGUGCAGAAUUCUGGGCUCAGCGACAGCCUGCGCCAAGUGUGCGCACCUGUAGGAGACCCGCUCGUCCGCCGGCCGCGACCAACUUGCUUCCAGAUUGCCUACAGCUGGGAAGAUAAUACCAACACGAAGACUGCAGAUAACCCAUGAUGAAGUGCUAAGUUGUUUGCUAUGGUAGUAGCUGGAAUUCAGAGGGGAGAGACUUAUGGCUACCAGAUCCAAGAUAGGUUCUGUGAACAAGCUCUCACGUGUGAAUAUGUGUCUAGUGCAUCCUUAACUUAAGGACUUCACCAGUUCGAAGUUACAGUUUUCACCAUCAACUACCUUAUCCUUUCUGUUCUGGUUUUCUUCCUCAAACAGUGGAAGGAUUUUUAAAGCUGCUUUUGUUGCAGACUUAAACAAAUGGCUGAUAGUGACUUAUAUAAAAAAUCCAUAGAAUGCCCUUACUGUUCAUCUGCUUCUCAGAAAGAUGUACUUUGUGUGUGUUCCAGCAAAACAAGGGUUCCUCCAGUUUUAGUGGUGGAAAUGUCACAGACGUCAAGCAUUGGUAGUGCAGAGUCUUUAAUUUCACUGGAGAGAAAAAAAGAAAAAAGUAUCAACAGAGACAUAACCUCUGGAAAAGAUUUGCCCUCAAGAACCUCAAAUGUAGAGAGAAAAGCAUCUCAACAACAGUGGGGUCGGGGCAACUUUAUAGAAGGGAAAGUUCCUCACAUAAGGAUUGAGAAUGGAGCUGCUAUUGAGGAAAUCUAUACCUUUGGAAGAAUAUUGGGAAAAGGGAGCUUUGGAAUGGUCAUUGAAGCAACAGACAAGGAAACAGAAACGAAGUGGGCAAUUAAAAAAGUGAACAAAGAAAAGGCUGGAAGCUCUGCUGUGAAGUUACUUGAACGAGAGGUGAACAUUCUGAAAAGUGUAAAACAUGAACACAUCAUACAUCUGGAACAAGUAUUUGAAACGCCAAAGAAAAUGUACCUUGUGAUGGAGCUUUGUGAGGAUGGAGAACUCAAAGAAAUUCUGGAUAGGAAAGGGCAUUUCUCAGAGAAUGAGACAAGGUGGAUCAUUCAAAGUCUCGCAUCAGCUAUAGCAUAUCUUCACAAUAAUGAUAUUGUACAUAGAGAUCUGAAACUGGAAAAUAUAAUGGUUAAAAGCAGCCUUACUGAUGAUAACAAUGAAAUAAACUUAAACAUAAAGGUGACUGAUUUUGGCUUAGCGGUGAAGAAGCAAAGCAGGAGUGAAGCCAUGCUGCAGGCCACAUGUGGGACUCCUAUCUAUAUGGCCCCUGAAGUUAUCAAUGCCCACGACUAUAGCCAGCAGUGUGACAUUUGGAGCAUAGGUGUCAUAAUGUACAUGUUAUUUUGUGGAGAACCACCCUUUUUGGCAAGCUCAGAAGAGAAGCUUUUUGAAUUAAUAAGAAAAGGAGAACUACAUUUUGAAAAUCCAGUCUGGAAUUCCAUAAGUGAUUGUGCUAAAAGUGUUUUGAAACAACUUAUGAAAGUAGAUCCUGCUCACAGAAUCACAGCUAAGGAACUACUAGAUAACCAGUGGUUAACAGGCAAUAAACUUUCUUCCGUGAGACCAACCAAUGUAUUAGAGAUGAUGAAAGAAUGGAAAAAUAACCCAGAAAGUGAUGAGGAAAACACAACAGAAGAGAAGAGUAAUCCGUCCACUGAAGAAAAGUUGAAAAGUUACCAACUCUGGGGAAAUGUCCGUGAUGCCAAUUACACUUCAGAUGAAGAGGAGGAAAAACAGUCUACUGCUUAUGAAAAGCAAUUUCCUGUGACCAGUAAGGACAACUAUGACACAUGCAGUUCAAGUUUCACAUCUAACAAACUCCUUCCAGCUGAAAUCAAGGGAGAAAUGGAGAAAACCCCUGUGACUCCAAGCCAAGGAACAGCAACCAAGUAUCCUGCUAAAUCCAGGGCCCUGUCCAGAACCAAAAAGAAACUCUAAGGUUCCCUCCAGUACUGGACGGUACAAAAACAAAGCUGCUGUUGUUAGCACUUUGAUGAGAGGGUAGGAGGGGAAGAGGACAGCCCUAUGCUGAGCUUGUAGCCUUUUAGCUCCGCAGAGCCCCGCCAUGUGUUUGUACCAGCUUAAAAUUGAAGCUAGUUAUCUCCAAAGCAGCAUAAGCUGCACGUGGCAUUAAAGGACAGCCACCAGUAGGCUUGGCUGUGGGCUGCAGGGAAAAUCAACUCAAGAUGUACACGAAAGUUUUUUAGGGGGGCAGAUACCUGCAAUUCAAGGCCGUGGGCACACUUGCUCAUUUUUACUUCAAGUUCUUAUGUUUAGUUCUAUUUAUAGGGGAAAAUAAGAGGCCAAAUAUGGUAAUGGAGAUUCCAAAUGAUACGUGCACUUUGUACUAGAAGACUUUGUUAGAAAAUUACUAAUAAACUUGCCAUAGGUAUUACAGCAGAAGUGCUUCAUUCACAUGUGUUUGUGAGAUUUUAGGUUGCUAUAGAUUGUUUAAGACAACUUAUUUUAAACGUAGAAAGAUAGGAGAGUUUGUAACUGCUUGCCAUUAACUUGCUGCUAAAUUCUCAAUGUAUUGAUUAAAUCAAUAAAAAACAGAUGUUACUCAGCACAUUAAUUUUUAUGUUAACAAGAGGUGAAUAUAAUAAGGUCCUCUAAGCCUUUAUGCAAAUGAUAAGUUUGGUCUACUGCUGCAGUGGUAGGCACACAUCUUUGGGGAAGAUCAUGAAGCAAGAAACAGGGGAACAUACCUCAUUUCUCUUCGCAUUAUAGACAUCUCCUUUCCACCUGGGUAACUAAUUUUGCCAGUUGAAGUCAAACUGGGUGAAUAGCUGCUUUCCUUUGCUUCCCAAGCAAAUUCUAAAGAAAGAAUUUGUAAUUGCUUUUACCUUCAUAAAGACAUAACCUAGUUCCAUUCCAAACCCCCAAGGAAUUGUCAGGUCUCCAAAAUGGCCCACAUCUGGCCAGCUGAGCACAUACUAGUUGCAUUCAAAUCCACUUGGUAACUAAAAGUAGUACAUGUGCUUCUCACAAUUAGUUUAGAAGACACUAUUGUGAUUCUGAAUGAGUCAAAGAUACCACUGGCCUGUGUUGCCCCGCAUGGUUCUGCCAGUAUUUUCUUAGUACCUUCAGUGUGCUUCCCUUGGGGGAACCUGCUGGUCAAGGCAUAUCUGGUGGAAAUUGUCUGUAUUUUAUUUUAAAUUGGCAUUAACAUAGCUGCUUCAAGAUCUCUCUCCCUUCUUGAUGACUAGUUCCAGUCAUAUCGGAAGCCCAUAAACCAUAUCCUGAGCUUUAAGCUUUCUCUCAGGGUUUAGUGAGCCAGUCUUUAAAGGGCAUGCUCUGUCCACCUGAAGAGAAUUCUGGCCCCAUUAGCUAAGUGAAACCUUCCCUUCCCUAGUAGUAGCCUCAAAGGCAGAUGUGUACGCUUCAGUUCUGUCACCUCUGGCGGGGAAAAGCAGGGACCUAGUGCACGGUGGCUGCUUGUCUCCUUGCAGAAAAGCCUAACCAACAUGGUGGCUUUGAUUCUGCCUAUUCUCUGGGCCUGAAAAUGAAAUAUCCUCUAUAUUCAAAAUACUCUUACUUUCACAGCGAUACCCUUUUGGGAUUAGAAGAUCCUGUUGUCAAAUAGAGUACUAUCCACAUUUCUCUUGGCCCUAAAAAUGAUUGAUUCUGCUCAGUAAACUUGAGCAAAGGUCCAGAAUUAACCACUAACUAAAAGAUGAAGUCGUUUUAUAACACAUUAGCGUGUCUUCACCUUUUCCCACCUCACACCAGGCAAGGCCAACCACCCAGCCUACCAUAUGAUGCAUUCUAUUAACGCCCCUCCAUCAAGACGUUCAUUUGAUUUAUAGGUGUCAUUUUAAUAGAAAUUUAGCUCACUCUUUCUAGAGAGAAUUUCCACAUCAUUUUCAUUACUUAUUUCUAUUUUUGUUACUUCAUUGUGGAGAACACACUUGAACCAGGCCAUGUCUGAGCUUUGUAUUCCAAGGGAUGUGCCUCUUUAAGGUCUGGGGAUAUAUGGCCCUCCUUCCUCCAUUUGCUUUCAGAACUGUGAAAAAAUGGUGCUCUUCCAUUUCAGAUUGACUUUCAAUGACUGAUAGGCCAACUCAAAGGCACCAAUGACAAACGCUGUGAUACCUCCUGUGCUCCAUAGCGUGGGGAGCUGGGUUUGGCUGUGACCCAGUGGGACAUAGCCUGUCUAGGACAGCACAGAGCAGGUGUUGUUUUGAAGGAAUACAAAUAGUGAUCCACUUUCCAACUUGAGUAACAGAUAAGACAGGCAAAAUAUGAUAAAAAAGAGAAAUGCAGGCGAGCUGGGGACAAAUUCAUUUGAGGAAAGUAGAGGAUGAUAUCAGAGAAGGCCUUACAUCAGAGAAGGAAGGAAAAUGGGGAUAUGUGGAGCAAAAUGAAAAUAAAUUAUAAUUCAUAAAGAAGACAGGAUGACAACACAUGGUUCUGCCAAAGCUGGAAGCCGGAGUGAGAGGAGGGAAGCACUGCUCAUAGAAUAUUUGGUUGCUCCAGGUCAGUCUGAGGUAAAGUUAGCCCCCUCCCAGGGCCCGUACACAGGCAAACCUAGAUAAAGACACAGGUUGAGGAAACAAAGACCCAGGGAAACUGAAGCUGAGAUUUUAAGAGUCGGCCACAAAAUUGUCCUUUCAUUUUGAGUAGGAAUGUUGUGUGUUGCUGCGGGGGUUGGGUGGGGGGCAGCCAAAAAAAAAAAAAAAAAAAUCAAAACAUUUUGUGCUUGUCGCUGAAAUACUUUGUUUAAAUAAUUCUAUUUGACUCCAAAAUGUAAGUUCCAGGUUAGACAGAUCAAAAGCAACCAGUCUUGAAAAUGAAGCUUUUUAAAUUCCAGCCCCGCUGUUGGAACAGAGAAUAAAGGCUUUGUUUAAACAUGCA